AAGAGCACCGUGCCUUGCAAAAAAGAACAACUUCAUUGUGGCAAUGGACCCUGCUUGAUGAACUGGCUGCGUUGCCGCUACAAGAAGGACUGUGGCAAAGACAAUGUGUCAAUCACAGUGGCAUGUUCAGGGCUUGAUUGAAAAGUUGAGGUUGAAAUUGCACUUGAGCGGGGAUGUAUUGAUGUGAAGCAAAUGUGAAGAGAUCUCAAAGCAUAUUUCUCCCUUACGCACUCAAAUAUAGAAAAAUACCUAUCUUCAUAAUAACUUUGAGAGGUCUCUUGGUCUAAGAGAGACAGACCCAUGAGCAUACAUGGCUGAAGGAGGAAUGUGAAUCAUAAAGAUGAAAAAGACCGCAGGAGCCAUCUAUGCCAACCUUCUUCCACACUGGAAUGCACAUUAAAACACUCAUAAAAUGUGGUUAUCCGAUUGUUCAGAGACCUCCACAGAAGAAAUUCAUCUAAACAAAACCAGCCCCAUCAACGUGUUUACCCAUUACACGGCAGCCAUUGGCUGCGUGAGCAUGCCAGAUUCGUCUGUGUUGGUAGCUGGGGUCGUGAUUGGCUUGGUGCUCUUCCUCUCCUGUGUAGCCAUCAUCGUCGGCAGCCUACGAAAAAAACGGUGUUUUCGACAUCUCCAACUGCAGAGGGAUGUGAGCUACACUCCAGAUUGCUUCUCUUAUGGCGGUGGCUCAAUCGGAGAACUGAGGCCCAGCUGCAUUGAGGAAUUCUCCCCAGCAUUUUAUUUCAGUUCCUACAUGGAGACGCUAUCUCAGGUCAACAUCACACAUCCUGACUCUCCUCCACGCUAUGAUGAGUGUGUAGGACCAGAGGCAACACAGAUUUACAUUCCUACAGACGAUCCUCCACCUUAUUCCCUGAUAGACCCUUGCCAACAGAAUGGCAUGACCCCCAGCAUCGCCUGGAGAGGAGGAGGAGGAGGAGGAGAGAUGGGUCCUGGGACUGCUACAGAAUGGGAUGCUGGGCAUUUGCUCAGCCUUCAAGACUUGCCGCAGCCCAUCCCUUCCAUUUCCUUGUUGUCGUCGUCAUUCCCAAUGGAGGCUGCUCCUCCGUAUGAGACUGUGGUUCAUGAACAGACCACCACCCUUCCCUUAGCACAGCUGGACCUUCUAAAGAACUCAACAGAUUACUAUCAGACUUCUUCCAACAGGAUAUCUUAAAGGGAAACAUUUACCUCUGUAUGCUGCUCAAGGAAUCUGUCAAGCUGAAGAAAGGGUGAUAAUGUAGAACAAUAACAAUUUAGUCACCCUUCUACUUAACAAUGCUUUUCUUCUUUUUCUACUUCGAACAGGGCUAGAAUGGGGUGAGGUUAUGCAUUGGUGAUUGUUUGCCUACACAUUUUUACCUUUCUGUUUUUGAUUCCCUAGCACCCAACUUUAUCCCAACUUUAGGGUAUCUAGACCUCUCAGUAGCAUUUGAAAGCAAACCUGCUCAUAGAAUAGACACAUGUUGUAUGGCCAAACCUAGCUAUUAGGUUCGUUAGGGUGUCUUGCAUGCCUUAGAAUAAAGGAAAUGAGAUAAAGUGUUCACAGACAUCUUGUUAGGGACUGAUGGUACAGUCGUAGUAAUAGCCUUGGAAAGAAGCAUGGAUGCAUUUAGAUGUAGAUUUUUAGCUUGUGUUCCUAUUCAAAAGCUACAUUGGAAUUAGUCCCAUUUUACCUGCUCAGGAUUUAGGAUGAAAGAGGCUUCUUGUACAUGUGCUUAACUGGCCUGGGUCUUGAACAAAAAUCCAAAUCUAAGCAUUCUAGUUAGAACUCUGCUGGUGUCUUAUGCCUGAGGAAACGCCCCUAUGGAAGUGGUUGGACUUUCAGAGUUGGACUACACAUUCAGAGUUGUGUAGUACAGUAGAGUCUCACUUAUCCAAGCUAAACGGGCCAGCAGAAGCUUGGAUAAGCGAAUAUCUUGAAUAAUAAGGAGGGAUUAAGGGAAAGCCUAUUAAACAUCAAAUUAGGUUAUGAUUUUACAAAUUAAGCACCAAAAGAUGUAUAUAUAUAAAAGAGUGAUGGCAUCACGGCGACCCACAAAACUACAGGCCCCCCAACCUCGAAAUUUGACAACACAACCCAUCAUCCACGCCUCUAGGUUGAUACAACAAAAAGAAAAGAAAAAUAAAGUCCUAAUUAGAGAGAGAGGAAUAAUUGCUUUUAUCCAAUUGCUGCCAAUUAGAAGGCUAAGAUCCUCCAACUUGGUCUCCUAGCAACCCAAUAAAAAAUAAUAAAAAACACUAAAAAUUAAUACAAUAAAAUACUAUAAUAACAGAAAAUAACUAAAAAAUAAAUAAAUAAAUAAAAAUAUAACUUACAAUAAAAUGAAUAAAAAUUGCAAAUAACGUCAAAUAAAAAUUACACAACAAUUUUUAACCAAGACCACCACCACUUUGCCACAGCAACGCGUGGCCGGGCACAGCUAGUCAUGUUAUACAAUAAAUUUGACAGAAAAAGUAGUUCAAUACGCAGUAACGCUAUGUAGUAAUUACUGUAUUUACGAAUUUAGCACCAAAAUAUCACGAUGUAUUGGAAACAUUGACUACAAAAAUGCGUUGGAUAAUCCAGAACGUUGGAUAAGCGAGUCUUGGAUAAGUGAGACUCUACUGUAUGUCCAUUUUUCACCAUUCUGCAUGGACACGUAUUUUCCACAGUUGCACAUACAAAUGUGCCUGUGCAUUCUGUUGCACAAUGUUGCAGCUCACUUGCAAGAUGGCAUUUCACAGCCACUGUGUAACCCCAUGAGCAUAAGGUUAGGUGUAGAAGUUCAGCCUCUCUGCAUUUGUUAUUAAAAAUGUCUCUUGCUCCCCAGUAUUUAGUCAUAACUUGGAUCAGAUUAUCUUUUGGAAUACAUCUCCCUCACUCAACAUUCCUAAAGGUCAGUCUGCCUGGGAGAUUUUGCCCACUAUGGUUCAAAAGGCAGCUUUCCCAACCUCUGAACUUAUUACAAUGCAGUUGUUUUAUGUAACCAAGAAUUGUAAUGGGCAGAAACAUUUCCCUUCCUUUCUCUUACUGUAGUAGUUGUUUUAAACUUUAGACAACCAGCAGUAUGAUUAAGUGGAUAGGAUACAGGGCAACGUGGAAUGGCAAACAUUUCAAUUCUGAUCCCUUCUUGGUUCCAAGGCUUCCUAGGUUCUGUUUUUGAGCUCAUUUAAAACAAAGAUUAUUAUUUGACAUUUACUAUCCAAAGAUACAUUGCCUCUGCUAUUGUAGCUUCCUUUGAGCAACCACACUUGACUUAAUACUCACUCAGGACCAAACCAAACAUGGUGCAAUAUGCAUCUUUGCAUUUCAUUUAUAGGCAGGCUAUUUAUAAAAUACCAAUUGUAUCAGAUGGAGCAGGUAAUACAGUAGAGUCUCACUUAUCCAACGUAAACAGGCCGGCAGAACGUUGGAUAAGCGAAUAUGUUGGGUAAUAAGGAGAGAUUAAGGAAAAACCUAUUAAACAUCAAAUUAGGUUAUGAUUUUACAAGUUAAGCACCAAAACAUAAUGUUAUACAACAAAUUUGACAGAAAAAGUAGUUUAAUAUGCAGUAAUGCUAUGUAGUAAUUACUGUAUUUACGAAUUUAGCACCAAAAUAUCAUGAUGUAUUGAAAACAUUGACUACAAAAAUGUGUUGGAUAAUCCAAAAUGUUGGAUAAGCGAGUGUUGGAUAAGUGAGACUCUACUGUAGUUAUCAAGAGAGCAGUAUGUAUAGAAGAGAAAAUUAACCCUCUAGUGCAGUGGUUCUCAACCUGUGGGUCCUCGGGUGUUUUGGUCUACAGCUACCAGAAAUCCCAGCCAGUUUACCAGUUGUUUGGAUUUUUGGGGGUUGAAGACCAAAACAUCUGGGGACUCACAGGUUGAGAACCACUGCUCUAGUGCUCUCCCCAUUGUGGUCUGAAGAAAAUUCCUUUGGUGGAGUUCGGAUGUUCUUUGGGGAAAUCCUGGUGAACAUUAUGAUUUCUUCCUGAUGCAAAUAGCUGCUUCAGAACAUUGUCUUUAUGAGAAAGAGUUUUCAAUUCCUUGGAAGGAGCUGAGGAUAGAAUGAAUGGAUUGGUCACUGCCAGAUAAAGGUUCCCAGAAUGAUCAGUUCAAAGGCGCCAUACUCUUUUCCUCAUUAUUUUAAAACAAAAUUAAAAAUAUAAUAAUAACAAUAACAACAACAACAAUAAUAUAUUAUUUUCCUUUUUUUCCAUGGAAGAAACAGUAAGAAAUCAUAGGAUUACUGAUCGAUGAUAUGGAAUCUGGACUACAUUGUAAACUUUCACAAGGAGACAAAAUUACAAAGGAAAUCUGUGCCUCGCAGCUUGUCACAGCAGACCACCAAUAUCAACAUGAUAUAAUCAAAGUGUAAUUACCAUAUAUAUAUAAAAAGAGAAUGGCAUCGCUCCACCGGGCAAAACAACAAAACUAAAGGCCCCCCAACCUCAAAAUUUGACAACAGAACCCAUCAUCCACGUCUCUAGGUUCAUACAACAAAACUAGACAUCCCCAAUUACCAUGGGGCCUAAAAAAACCCCAAAAACUGGAAUUCUCCCUCAAUUACUUUCACUUUCUCCUUCUCUUUCCCUCAAUUUACCCCUCAAUCAUAAUAAAAACCAAAACAACAAUAACAAUAAACAGCUUCACAGGCAAGAAGCAGCCAGGCACUGAAGCUGCGAGGCCAUUCAGUGCUAAUCAAGCUCACCAAUGCCAACAUUGGCACUUGCCCUCCAAACAGACAAUACAAUACAGUUUCACUUAUCCAAGCUUCACUUAUCUAAUAUUUAUUAAUACAUAACAUUACUCUAUCUCAUAUGUAAUAAUUAACUCUGGUCAAAUAAGAAAACAGAACAAUAGGAUCUCCAAAAUCAGGACACUAAAUACAAAACAACACUCAGAAGACAGGGCAAUUCCAGACAGGAAACAAUCACACCCAGAUAACACCUCCCAAAAAAGGAUUCCCUCAACCAGGAAACACCCAGGCCUCGAACCUGCAAGGCCAUUCAAUGCUAAUCAAGGUAACUAAUUGCAACAUUCAUACUUGCUACACUCAGACUAUUCAUUACUAUUCCACCUCCCAACCAACAAUUCCACAAAGCAGAAAGCGGCCAGGCUUCCAACCAGCAAGACUAUUCACUCCUCUUCAACCUACCCGACCAAGAUUUCCCCUUAAUCAAAAACCCUCACUUUUGGAAGCCAUCAGGGCACUCCCUCCCAUUCAACCAGUCCAACCAAGGAGGCCCAUAUAUACAAAGUGCCCAGGCUUACAAGCAGCGAGUCUACUCACUGCAAUUCCAAUUGGCCACAGCAACGUGUGGCAGGGCACAGCUAGUAUUUCAUAAAUAACACUUUUAUCCCUUUUCUCACCAUUCCAUGAUGAGAAAUAUCUGACUUAGAUUCUCUGAUUUUACGUGAUGACUAUUUUGUAGUGAGAAAUAUCUUGACAUAGAUUCUCUGAUUUCUGAUUUUUUUAAAAAUAACAAACCUAUCUAACCUCCAAGACAGGAGGAGGAGAAGGGAUGAUUCUAGCCCCAAACAUAUGGCUCCUUUUCUGUUUGUUUGGGAUUUUUUAAACGGCCUUGCUUCAGAGGGAGGAGGAAAGAGGAGGGUAGAUCCAAAGGGCUCCAUUUCAUAUUUUGGAAACUUCCUUGCUUUUGUAGAAGGAAGGAAGGGAGAAUCUGAUCCCGAAACGGCAUGCAACAAUUAUGUGAAGAAAGGCUGGAAGCCAAAUUUUGAAGCCAAAAAAGGGUGCGUGACAAUUAUGCAAUGAUGACUAUUAUGCGGUGAAUUACAGUAAUAUCAAUCCCAUUUAUUUCAAUGUGUUUUCUCAAUGUAUGCUCAUGGUUCAUUUGAGAGACAACACUAUUGCUACAUACAAUAGAAAUGCCCCAAAGCAGUUCUAUUCAAAGUGGUGGCUCCAGGGAUGGUGUUAUUGGGUGCCAGUCUCUAGGAAAGAAAAUAAACAGAUUAACCAAUGAGCACAAAGACGGCACCAGUCCCUGGCCUACAAAAACCCUAUUCCUUGAUCCUCCAUAGCAACCAAGAAAUUCUGCUUUAAAUGACAUCCCAAAAUAUCUAUAACUGUGCUCUAGCCAGUGCCUACAAAGAGAUAAAUGUUCCAGGGAAUCUUGGGGUUUUCUCACUAUUUUGCUACAUGUUCCUCAAGGAAUGGUAGGUUCAUUUUUUUGUUGAAAGUGAGACUUUCUCAACUAUAGCCUCAAUGCUCUGGAAUAGCCUUCUGUGGACUGUUUGCUUACCUCUCUCACGGACCCCGUUUUGUAAAAAUUAAAAGACAAUUUUGUUCUUCCA